GUGACAGCAACAUGGCGGCGGCGGCGGCCGGGCGGCGUGGCGGGGGCUUGGGGCGGCCCCCCGCGCCCGGGCGGGACGGGCCGCCCGCCGCCGAGCUGGUGCGGCCCUCGGUCACCGAGCUGUCCCAAGUGCGGACCAACAUCCUGUGCACCGUGCCCGGCUGCGGGAAGGUGCUGCCCAACAGUCCGGCCCUCAACAUGCACCUCAGCAAGGCGCACCCGCUGCAGGAUGGAAAACUUAAUGCACCAAUAAGGAAGGGGUUGAAAACUUCACAGAAAUUCUACUGCUGUCCUAUUGAAGGCUGCCCUAGAGGACCAAACAGACCAUUUUCCCAAUUUUCUCUUGUAAAACAGCACUUUAUGAAAAUGCAUGCCGAAAAGAAGCACAAAUGUGAUAAAUGUAGUAACUCCUAUGGCACAGAAUGGUAUUUGAAACGGCAUAUAGAGGUCUGUGGCAAGACUUUCCAGUGUACUUGUGGGUGCCCCUAUGCCAGCAGAACAGCAUUGCUGUCUCACAUUUACAGGACUGGCCAUGAAAUCCCUGCAGAACACAGGGAUCCUCCCAGCAAGAAAAGGAAAAUGGAAACCUCCGCACACAAUCAGCAGCUGGCAGAGAAAGCAAACGAAGCGUUCAUCAGUACCCACAGUAAUGCUCCUGGCACUCAGGAACUGGAGUCCUCUGAAGUGAAAGCAGUGGCCUCUCUGGAAGGCUCCCACAGCUCUAACUUCACAAACCAAAUGCAGCCCAAAUGCACCCCGAAGAUGCUUUUGCCCAAGCCCAAGGUGGCUUUGGUUAAAGUCCCGGUGAUGCAGGUGGCUCACUUGCCUGUUUAUGUGUCUGCCACAGACCCUUCUGUCAAACCUGCUGUAGUGGCUGUUGAUAAUCAAGGUUCAGUUGUAAGUACUGUUCAUUUGUUGCCUCAGUCUAUAGGAAUUCUGAUUCCAGCCCUGGAGGCAGAGACCCUUGUGUUUAAGGACAGUAUGCCUGUGUCAAAAGUGACAAGUGCUGGUGAUCGGGAGCCUGUGAGCACUGGUGUGCAAGUGGAGCUGGAUAAGGUUACACCAAGUAACACAGGGCAAGAGAUGGGCACUGUUUGUCACAAGAACAAAAUUUCUUCCAUAAAUAUACAGACUGACUUAUCUUAUAUUUCACAGAACUUUGUCCCAGCUGCAGCCUGGACUCCCAACUCUUGUGUGUCCUCCUGCUCUCAGACAGAUCUGUCCUUCAGCUCCCAGGUUUCCUUGCCCAUCAGUGUGCAGACACAGACACUGCUGCCUGCUUCCAAACUGACUUCAUCCAUAGCAGCUCAGACCGAUGCUUUCAGUCAGGGGUGUUUCCCAACAUGUGGCGUUUCUAGAGAGACUCAAACCAGUAGGACACAGGAUUGUAUUGAUGGAAGAGUUCAGAUGGACCAGGCUGUCAUGUGCAGUGACAUCUUUGACAAUGUCCCUUCGUCAUAUAAUGUUUCUACUCACAUUGAUCUUCCAGAAAACAAUUUAAUGCCUGCAAAUAUAGAUCAAACCUUGCUGCAAAGAACUAAUUGCAAGAGCCUGAAUCAGGACACGGUGAAGUCUGAAUCCCUGAUCAGCUUCACUACACAGACUAAUAUACUUCCACCUCAAAAUACAACGGAUAAUCAAACCCAGACAAUGGACCUGCUAAGUGAUCUGGAAAACAUCUUUUCAGGAAACAUGUCUGGCCAGACACUGGAUAAUCGUGGCCUUUUGUCUGAGACGAGUUCUAAUGCUGACACACAUCUGCCAUCUGGUCCCUCACAGAGCACAGGGAUAGACUUCGACAUUGAAGAGUUCUUUUCAGCAUCCAAUAUCCAAACUCAGACUGAAGAGAGUGAGCUUGGUACCCUAAACUCUGAGCCAGUUUUGGAGUCACUGGACAUUGAAACUCAGACUGAUUUCUUAUUUUCAGAUAGUGCCACUCAAUCCUAUAACUGCCGAGGCAAUUCUAACUUCUUAGGUUUGGAGAUGUUUGAUACACAGACACAGACAGACCUGAAUUUCUUUUUGGACAGUACUACCCACCUGCCUUUAGGAAGCAUUCUGAAGCAGUCCAGUUUCUCCAUGAGCACUGACUCAUCUGAUACAGAAACCCAGACAGAAGUGUACGUGGCUACUAAAACCACACCUACUCAGAAUAUUGAAAGCAAAGUCCAGCUCAGCAGUGCUGAGACACAGACUAUGGAUAGCUGCUUUGAGAACCUGGGCAGUUUAUUCCUCACCAGCAAUGAGACACAGACAGCAAUGGAUGACUUCCUUCUGGCUGACUUAGCCUGGAAUACAAUGGAGUCCCAGUUCAGCUCAGUGGAAACACAGACCUGUGAAGAGCUGUGCUCCUUGUUCCAGAGCUCUGACAAGCCCAGCCACUGAGUGCUACGUGAUAUAACUGUUCCCUGUGGUUUGAAUUUAAGUUAUUGGGGUGGGAGAUAAUGGCUUUACCAAGUGAUCCACUUCGCAUUAUUGAAUGUAGUUGUCAUGAGCAGUUGACCUAAGAGACUUUUCAUGCUGAAGGUACUCUCUUGAAUAUGUGACUUUACAUAAACUAUGUGUGUAUAAAUGGGGGGGAAGGGAGGGGGCUGUAACAUGUUGAUGUACAUUUGAACCUUAAAAAUUAUGUGGUGCCUAUGUUUUUUCCUCAAACUUCUUUACAAAGCUGUUACUGCUUUCAUUUAAAUGGAAGAACUUUUUGAAGUUGUUCUCUAUCUCUCUCUCUCUCUAUUCCUGGCUUACAUGCAGGGUUCCCAUGUGCUGGACCAAAACCCUGACCUGUUCAGUUGAGAUGCUUCCCUGAACUUAUGGGGGAGGAUUCUAUUUUUAGUGUAAGCUACUUCUGUUUACUUUUUUUAGUAGCUUGUAUUUUAAAUCCGGCAUGAACAUAAUAAGCCGCAUUGUCUUCUUUUACUUUCUGCCUUCACAGCUCUUUCUCCUGCAUAAGCUGACACUUCCCAAAUACCUGUCCUACACACUAGACACAUAGAGAUUCUCGAAUUGUUGAACAUAUUUAUUAUUAAAAAUAUCUAGAAAGCAGUACCUUUUUUUUUUUUCUCUCCCUGAGUGGCACUGAUGCCCUUUGAAGGGUAGGAAAAGAACUUGGAGUUCAUAGUUCUAGGGAAAAUUAGUAUGUAGUCCUUUUAGCUAAGGUAAUAAAUGGGACUAACAUUUUUAGAGUCUCCAGGGGGGAUUUGCUUAAAUUAUUUCUGUCUGUAAGAUACAAAUGUUACAAUGUGUGUGCCUCAGAGACUGGAAUCAUUUGUUUUUGCUGAAGUUCUCUUAGCUUUAUUGCAAUACAAGUUGAGAAAUGUUACAGUGGUUUAUACCUCUCUUACCUUAACAGAAAUCUUUAAAAAUGGGAAAUUAAAUUCCUUAAAACACUCACUCACCUCGACUCCUGUUUUUGGACUUCCUGCUUCCAAAAACAAUUGGAAUCCAUACAGCAGAGCUGGGAAAUCAGCUCACAGAGGCCCUUUCAGAACAGCUCUAUCUUGCUUUUGCACGUUGAUUCACAGCCCUCAGUUCCUGCAGCUUUUAGAGUUUCCCUGAGUGUAGUCAAAUUCACACAACCCGAUUUUUCAGACAAGAAACAUCUGACCUCUUGGAAUCUUUUUUUUUAAUGUUUAUUUUGCCCCUCCUGCCACUGUCUGUGGUAUUUUUCAUUGGCGUGAGAAUACGUGAGUUGUGAAUGUAUGUUGGAAUUUGGCCUUAAGUAAUUUUUAUCUCUUACUAUAAUAUCUGUGAAAUGUAGGCCUCUGGUUUUGUCCUGGACAGGUUUUAGCUUCUGUAACCUUAAAGGAAGGAGAAACCUCUUCGUGUCAAACUCCUGGGCCUGUAACAGACUUUACUCCUCCCUUGUCAGAGGAGAAGUGCUGGCUGUGUAUUUACUGUGCAGCCCAUCAGCAGAUGGAUGUCCAAGCCUUAGGUUUUGAGGACUCUCUAUGCUCUGUGCUGCACAUUCUCAACUCAAGGAUGUGGGAGUUAAGUUACUCAUCCGUUGCAGGCAGCUUGUUUUGGUUGAAAAUGAGCAGUACCCUUCUUUUUUCCUAUUUUUUGUCUCUUCCUAACACUCUUUAAAUUGCCAUAGUUAACAUGCUGAUAUGGUGAGCAUCUCGACCUUUACUGGAAAUAAUUUCUUUAUAUUAACCCUAAAACUCCCGUUUUCCUCCUGAAAUCCCAGCUGUGUUGCCUGUUUAAUUUUUCAGCGUUUCUGGGUAGGAGUUCAGACACUUCCAGUCUUUGGCUGAAGAAACUGCAGAAAGGAAUCUUCAGCUCCCCAGGAGCACAGUAAUUCUGCUGUGGGGAAAGGCCCCCCAGGUUUCACAGUGUCUAGAGUUCUGAUCUGAAAGGUGGGAUAUAUUAAAAAAAGGAAGGCAUCACUUGUAAUUUUGUUUCCUUUGAAGAUAUGACUGUUUUAUAUUUACCUGCCUACUCUGAAACUGGGAAAUAAGAUAACAAAGUUUUUUCUAGCAAUGUUGCAUCUUUACAUUUCAAAAUGUUUUUCCUUCUUCUUUCUUCCCCUGGAUGGAAUACCAGAGAACACUUCUCCAUACCCAGACUUCUCUGUUUCCCACAGAAAUGCCUGAAAGAGAAGGUGUUACUGUGAAUCUGGUUGGGGAAAAGGGUAUUUUCCUCAACUGGCAGAAAUGAGAAACUUCUUUACCUCUGAAUGUAGAAAGUCAGUCCUUUUUUCUGCAAGAGAAGGAAUCUUAGGUGCUGAAGAGCAGAAUUGCUGAGGGGUUUGAGUUGUAGCCAUCUGAGAGACCAGCUGGCAUUUAAAUUCCCUUGAAACUCAUUUACAAAUUAGAGUGAUAAUUGCCACAGUUCUUAAUUCUUAACAUUGGGGACCUCCAGAAAAAAAACCCACAGUUUUGUGUGGACAACCUUACAAUGUAAUCAUUACCCAGUUAUUGUACUUUGUAAUUAAAAGUAUUUAUGAGCUUUGUGUGCUUUACUAGAACAUGCACAUCAGAAUAGUUUCAUUCAUCCUCUGGAUUUAAAACAGUUUGAACUUUAAUUCGGUGAACACAGUACUACGACAUGAAAUCAUUUACUGAAAGUGCAGUACUAAGAGGUAAUUAAAUAUGUCUGCACUGUCUUAGGGAAGUGGCUCAUUCUGACCAAAAUUAACGUUUUUCUUCGCAAAAUUGGUUCUCCAUAAAUUAUUCAUAGAAGUCAGAAACGGGUCUGGAUCCUGUGUUGUUGGCUUAAGUCGCUCAGUUUGGAUUUAUUAAGUAUUUUUGUGAAAAUGUGGAGACUGCAACCAGACUUCACAGUGUGGUGAAUCCCACAGUAAGCAUCAUGAAACCUGAUCUGAAAUACUGUGCCUGAAUAUUGCCAUUCCUUCACAUCUGAACAAGUUCUUGAAAAAGGCUAAGUUUCUGUUUUCACCAUGAUUUUAAAAAUAAACUUCAGUCAGAACUAUUUCUUGGUAGAACUAAAAUGAUACUUAUCUCCCUUUUUCUGCAGUUUGUCUCUGAUUUGGUUUUCAAGGCACUGUCUUAUUGUAAGUAUUGGUCAGCAGUGACUCCUUUACUUGCUCUCUUCUGUAUCCUCUGCUGCCAUUAGAGCUGCUCUUCAGAAAGUAACAUCAGAUUCUCCACAGCCUUUUAGCACAGUUGUGUAUCUGGAAGUGAUACUAAUGUUACUUGAGCUUACUCUGUGCAUUUUCUGCUUAUUUCCAUUAUGCUGUGAUUGCUAGAUCUUGAUCUGGGUGCCUGUGUAAUGCUAUUCUAAAACUGAAUUAGUAGUUUUGUAGUUUGAUUUGAGCUUUUCUUUAGUAUAUAAAGAUUCAAACAAAGGAAACAGCAAAUUUGGGACUUGCAUUCUAUGAGAGCAUAAGCACAAACAAGCUGAAAAAUGAAACAUCUGUCUUGUUGCCUCCCAUAUUUGUUUGUCACAAUGCUAAAAGUUUGUAUGACAGUAGAUGUUUCUUCUACUUGUGGCUUUAUUUGCAUCUAUUUCUGCUAAUACACUUUUAAAUACUUUCUGCUGGGGGUAGGGAGGGAGUCCCCCCCAAACUCUUUGUGUUGGCCUAGAGAAAUUGGUAGUUUUAAGUCAGAGUUUGCUAAUGCUACACAUUCUUAGCUAUGCAAAGCUGCUUGUGUCUAGAAAAUUUUGACUUCCAAAGCAUAUGAAAGCAUUAAAAAAAAUGUAUAUAUACCUGCAGCUGUAAAUAGCUGUAAACCAAGCCUUGUGAGACCUCGUCUACUUUUGAUCAAUCCAGUCAGUGUCUGUAACUUAAUGUAUGUAACUAACUCCUCACAGAUUUUUAUUCCAAGGCUCAUACAGAGUCAUUUUUUCUGUUGAAAACAAGAGGCUGAAUUUCCCUGUUUGUCACACGGACCUUGGUUGUGUAGGGGCAGCAGAACAAAGAAUGCCUUCCCCUGUUCUCAGUCCUGCUCCUGCUGGCACGUGCUCACGGGCUGAAUUGAUUUUCUUGAGAGGCUGGGUAGAAAUGUAAGUGUUGGCAGGAUCGGGGUCUUAAGGGGUUAGGAGAUUUUUUUUUUUUUAAUAUCCUUUCAAAUGUAGGGUAAGUCAAUAGAACUGAUACUGAAUCAACUUAGGGUGCUCAACUUGCAAAAGAACAUGUUCCUGAAAUGACAGCUCAGAGGUGAACCAAAUGUACUUGCCUUUGUUGUUAAGGUUGUACAGCUUCCUUUGCUUUAAUAUAUUUCUGACAUGUGCUGGUUUUUUAAACAUGAUCUUAAUGUACAAUUUACUGUUCCAAAUACAUUCACACCAAAAUGUUGGUAACAUUCUGGGCCUUGCAAGCUUUUUUCAUUCCUUUUUGGUUUAAGGUGCUGCUAUGAUGUGUCCUGGUAGAAUGGACCUCCUGUGAGCAGGCUGCAUUUAGUAAUUAUGAACACUAAGAGGAUGUUCAAUGGUAGCAAACUUCAGUGCAAGGUGCAAACACACAUCCUCUGUUUCUUUUGUUGUUUUUUUAAGAGUUGAUGUGAUUUUCGAGGUGUGCUGGAAGGACUUGCUGCUUAGGGCACGACUGAAUUCUCCUGUUUCAAAUGCCAUUGCUAUGCAAUGAACAGAACCCAGCCCUGAGCUCUGCAGUCGGGGUUGGGGUUUGUGUGAGGGAACAUUUGUGUUUGUGUGAGGGAAUGUUUGUGUUUGUGUGAGGGAACGUUUGGGUUCGUGUGUGUGGCUCCUCCACUUCCCCACAGAUGGCACGGACAGCCCAGAAGCUCCUGAAGGAACUGCCGAGUGGAAUAACAGAAGUCCCUUUGUUUGUGAUCCUUUUUCAUAUGCUGGCUUUACAGAACCUUCAACAAUAUGAUAGAUGACCUGUGGUGAUGCAAACUGUGCGUUUCACAACAGCCAGUGCUUUACAUGCCUGCUUCAAGCACCUGCACGCAGAGCUAGAGUGACAGCACUUCUAUCUACAGGUACUUGCAAGUGCAUCUGUGAUAAAGCUAGAUAUGAAAGCCAUUUUUCUACAGCUUAAAGAAUUCAACACCUGAUUAGGAUCUCAUUGAAACUUGUGAUUAUUUUGAAUGGAUGAGUAAUAAAUCUCAUGGGUGAGUCCUUCCCAGAGCAUGUGUGAGGUAAUCUCAGCAAGGCUGAGAAAUGUCCUUAAAAUAUUUUUCUUUUCUUCACCAGUGGGAUUUUUUUAUUUAGUGGACAAAUUUAGUUUCCAAAGGAUGUUCAUGUUUAAUUCUUGCUGUUUAAGCCAGUAAACUUGCAAUGAGCAGACAAAAUCAAGCAUUCAUUUCUUAGACCUAUUUUACAAGUGACAAUCCCAAAGAAGGAAUGUUGUCCUAGUAACUGUGAAACUUUUAAGUAUAUUAUUGCAUGCAGAGAAAACCUUGUGCCAAAAUACUGUUUCAUAUUUCCCUCUGUUGGAAACUGAAGUGUUACACAAAGCUACGAGUAAGUUAUUCACGAGUGUUGAAACGUUUUGUUCACAAAUGAAGCACUUAUUUAGUCCUGUAAAUUAUACAUAUUUUGGAAUAAAGUUAACUUCAAUCAG